AAACCGGCUGGAUUUUGGUUUCUUGACACAGCAAAAUCUGUAAUACAGCAAGGCUUGGUAAGCAUUACAGGGGAAUCUGAAGCUUUCCUUUAUUUCAUAAUUGCAGUUGUUUUUCUAGAAACCAUCAAAAAUCUCUAAAUGACUGACUCAAUUUUUGGAACCUAUUCUCAUGACUAAGCAAAUGUUUGAUGUGAGAACAGUUCAGUAUAAAUAUCUCCGUGCUUCUAGUUCUCUGUCGCUAUUCCUGGGUUUCAGCACUAGGGAAACCAAUAUAUGCACAACAAAUGUCUAAAACUGGUACUGAGAUGACUUUCUAGAAAGAAAAAAAUUUCUGAGGCUGCCGCUAUGUCUGUGCCUGUGACUGCAGUUUUCACAUGUGCCUGAGUCUCUGCAACUCCAUUAGAGUAGAAGGUAGCACCUGGGCAGUUUAUGAGCCCAACUUUGCUGGGAUGUGUGCAUCCUACCUCAGGAUCUCUGAACACUGGUCUAGCAGAGGGAAGCAUAAGAUUCAGAUCUUUGAGAAAAGGGAUUUUAAUGAUCAGAUGAAUGAAACCAGUGAAGACGGCCCUUCCAUCUUCGUCUAUGCCUAUAAGGUGCUGGGCAGUGCCUGGAUUUUUUAUGAGCUGCCCAACUACCACAACAGACAGUGCCUCCUGGACAAGAAAGGAUACCAGAAGCCCAUUGAAUGGGAAGCAGCUUCCCCAGCUGUCCAAUCUUUCUGCCACAUUAUAGAAUAA